AUCAGUUUUUGCAUUGCAUGUACUGCAAAGGGUUGUUUGUACGGAGAGAUCUGUGGCGUCAUUUAAAAAGAUGUCCCUCAAAACCAGCAGCUGACAGUGAAGAGCAAGGGAGGAGGAGAGUCUUGGGCCUGGCAUCUAUGGCAGAGUCUUCAUUCAGUCAGCACAUAUCACAAGGAGUUUGGAAACUCUUAGGUGUGAUGAAGCAGGAUGACAUUUCCGCUGUGGUCAAAAAUGACCUGAGUAUUCUUCAGCUUGCACAGUCGUUUUUUAACAAACAUGGUCAUGACCCUACCAAAUUUGAGUAUAUUCGACAAAAACUCCGUGAAGUUGGAAGAUUGUUGCUGACUUUGCGUAGACAGUUUUCUGUGUACAGUCUUGAAGAAGCUCUGAAACCUGCCAAUUUUCAUAGACUUAUUCGAGCGGUUCAAAUGGUGUCUGGCUAUGAUGAUGAGAGCCACUGCUACCAAAGCCCAAGCCUUGCCCUGAAACUGGGGCAUUCAUUGAAUAAGAUUUGUGAAAUCAUUCAGUGCCGAGCACUGAUGUCUGAAGACAAGGAAUUGAUCUCAUCAACAGAGACCUUCAAAAAGCUCUACUCCUCAAAGUGGUCUGAGAUGAUCUCACACACUGCUUUGGUGACACUGAAUGAGGCCAAAUUUAACAAGCCAUCAACACUUCCCUUCACCCAGGAUGUCCAGUCUCUUCAUCAGCUCCUUGAGAAGACUGCAGAUACUGCUUUUCAGAAACUACAAGAGACUGCAUCUCCUCAAAGCUAUGCAGAACUGGCCAAAGCAACACUCACCAGAAUCAUUGUUUUCAACCGCAGACGUGCAGGAGAGGUCUCUAAAAUGCCGCUGAAGGCUUUCAAUGAAAGGGACGGCACUUCUCUCCAUGAAGAUGUAGCGAUGGGCCUGAGCAAGUUUGAGCAGAAACUCUGCAGCCAUUUCAGUCGAGUUGAGAUCAGGGGGAAGAGGGGAAGAAAGGUUGCGGUUCUUCUCUCUCCUGAUAUGGUCGAUGCCCUGAUGCUACUGGUCAGCAGGAGAGGUACAUGUGGAGUGCUAGACACUAAUACUUUCUUGUUUGCUCGGCCAAACUGCCAGAGUUACUACAGAGGCCAGGACUCUCUGAGGGUAUAUGCAAGGGAAUGUGGAGCUCAAAAUCCAGAAUUUCUCAGAUCCACUCAUCUUCGCAAGCACGUGGCUACGCUCUCUCAAAUCCUAAACCUGAAAAACAACGAGUUAGAUCAGGUUGCUGAUUUCUUAGGGCAUGACAUCCGUGUCCACCGUGACUAUUACAGACUGCCAGAAGCCACUACUCAGCUUGCUAAAAUAUCAAAGCUACUGUUAGCCAUGGAAAAGGGCUGCCUUCCUAAUCUUCAAGGCAAAUCCCUUGAUGACAUUGAGAUUGAAGAUGAGAUCAACAUGACCGAUACUGAUGACAGUGAUCCUGAAGAAAGUGAAUCUGAUGAUGAGGCUCUUGCUGGAGCUGCGGGAAACUCCAGUAAUGCUGGUGUUCAGAAGAUGCCCAUUGAGAGCACCACUGAACUUCCUGAAGAGAGUGAGAGUGAGGCAGAAACUGAAAACACACGGAGAGGGCAGAAGGUGUCCUGGUCAAACGCUGAAGUUACAGCUGUAAUCAAACAUUUUAAGGGCCACAUAGCUAAAGGAAAACUGGCCACACUGACUGAAUGCCAGCAGUGUAAAUCUGCUGAGGAUCCUGUUUUGGUGAGACGCAGUGCACAGAACAUAAGGGAUUUUGUAAGAAAUCGAGGAAUUAGCUUAAAAAGGAAAACCCAAAGCAAGUGAUGUUACAGUACAUUUUGUGUGUUCUUGAUGCCAUUCAAUUAACAUUAGCACUUUGGCUGUUGUUUUUAUUUCCCAUAGUGCAAUACUGUUAUGGCAGCAGUUCAUACGAAUAUCUCCUUGUAGAAAUCGAGGUUGACUGUUAGUUUGUCAAAAAUUACAAAAUUGUGUAAAUUUCUCAUUG